AUGGAGAGUACGCUCACGGCCCCGCCCGUUCGCAGCGCCUGCCCGCGCGACCAAUGGGUCCACGACCAAGCGCGGUCCAACUGCCAAUGCUGCGGCAAAGGCUUCAAGUUUUACCGCCGCCGCCACCACUGCCGCGUCUGCGGCGACCUCGUGUGUUCCAAGUGCUCGCGUACUGUCUAUUUGAUCAACACGACGUCCAACCUUGGCCGCGCAUGUGUCGACUGCGCGAGCCCGAGCUUACUGCGGGCGUCGCUGGAACUGCUCGGCGACGGACCGACCAGCGUCGACGUGCGGCCAACGUGCCCUGCCUACCGCAGCUCACUCGUGCCGCGGCCCUGGUACGACGUGGACGCGGGCAGCUGCUGGAACGACGAGUGCACCGUGUGCAUUGAACAGUUUGCCAACAGUCACGGCGACAUUGUCGAGCUUCCGUGCCAUCACGUUUUUCACCACGCCUGCAUCCUUCCGUGGCUCGAGACCCACGACGAGUGCCCCGUUUGUCGUCACGGCCUGCCGCGGGACAUGUCGGCCUUUUACCGCUUCAUUUCGUUCUAGCACUUGUGAGAG